UUUCCAGCCAGCGCCGAGCGAUGGGCAUCUCUCGGGACAACUGGCACAAGCGCCGCAAGACCGGGGGUAAGAGAAAGCCCUACCACAAGAAGCGGAAGUAUGAGCUGGGACGGCCUGCUGCCAACACGAAGAUUGGUCCUCGUCGUAUACACACAGUCCGAGUUCGAGGAGGCAAUAAGAAGUACAGUGCCCUAAGGUUGGACGUGGGAAACUUUUCCUGGGGCUCUGAAUGCUGUACUCGAAAAACAAGGAUCAUUGACGUUGUCUACAACGCAUCCAAUAACGAGUUGGUCCGCACCAAGACCCUGGUCAAGAACUGCAUUGUGCUCAUCGACAGCACACCGUACUGGCAGUCCCACUAUGCACUGCCCCUGGGCCGCAAGAAGGGGGCCAAGCUGACUCCCGAGGAGGAAGAAAUAUUAAACAAAAA